CCAUCUUCACCAAAAAAACGAAACUUUUAUUUUAUGACUAUUUAACUAUAUUCUUUAAGUAAAUUAAAAUUAAUAAGCUAUACCAGUGCAAUAUAUUUUUAGUGUGUGUAACACACAAUUCUGAUUAAUUUGAACAGCAUAUAGGUAGCCAUAUAAGUAAUAAUAACCAAAUAUUUAACAUUCAUAACAUGAUGGAAGAAGCUGAAGUAUGGGAAGAUUUGGCUAAUAUACCUGCAGAACCACCUAUUAUGAGGGAUCUUUGCAUUAAAUGCGAGAGGCCAAUGGUAGUUUGUUGGUGCCCAGCUUUACCUCCAAUAAAACUACAACCAUGCAGCAACAUCAUACUACUGCAGCAUCCCGCAGAAGAGAAAAGAUGUCUCCGCACUGCCCCUAUGCUUAAACUUGGCCUGGCUGAGAAUAAGUGCCUUAUAUUUAAAGGAAAGAAAUUCCCACAGCCUAAACAUAGUAACUUAGAAGACAUGUUAAAUCAACCAAAUACCAUCCUUUUAUACCCAAGCAAAAGUGCUAUAGAUAUACGAGAGCUCAAGAAUGAUUGCAGCUCUUACAACUUGGUUUUGAUUGAUGGAACUUGGCCUCAGGCAAAGGCUAUUUAUGCAUCCAGUCCUAUUUUACAUACUAUAAAACAAGUGAAACUUUUAACCAGCAAUGUAAGUAACUACAUAAUAAGGACACAGCCCACAGAAGGAUGUCUCAGUACCCUGGAGACAGCUGCAGAAGCAUUGUCACAGCUGGAACAAGACCCAGUCUAUAGUGAACAACUGGUCCAGCCACUGCAUAUGCUGUGCAAAUACCAGCUGGAAAAUGGUGCUGUCACUCACCAAUCAAAGGAAUUUCUGUUAAAGACAAAAACAUAUCCUAAAUUAAUAGGAAAAAGGUUAUCUAAACUAUUAAGAUCUACAAAUGAAUGUGGGAAUAGCUAAUAAAGGAUAUUAAGUACAUAAUA